GAUAUGAACAUUGCAAGUGGUUGCCCUCGAUUUGCUUCUCACACUGAAUUGAAAAACGGUGGUUUCAUUGCUGAUGACACCGUGUUUAUCAAGUGCUCCAUUGACUGCAGUUCCAUCAAGCACCCAUAGUCAUUACCUGGUAAACAGAAGAUGUAAUGCCUUGAAUAGUUCUAGAUAAAGAACAAGAUAUGUCUAGAGAACUCUUUGAUUAUAAUGAAGACUUUUUCUGUCAACGUGAAAAUUGCAGCAACCUGUUGAAAGAUGCUUUCAAGACAAGCUGUGGACAUUAUCUUUGUGCAGACUGUGUAGGAGAAACUGAAUACACGGCUACAGCAUUGAAAAGACAAGCCCUAUGCCCUAUAAAAGACUGUGAGAAAAGGUUUCAGUAUUCCAGUGAUGAGCAUUUGUGUGAACAGAUACGCCAGUCGCAUGUGUCGUGCUUAAUUAAUGGCUGCAACUGGAGUGGAACCUACACAGCUUACACUGACCACAUUGACGAGCACCCGCCUGAAAUUUGUGAGCCAGUCUCAAAGAAGAAAGCAUCGCACAUUCUUGUGAAGAUUAAAGACAAAGAAAGCCUGGAUUCAACUGCCCAGCAGCUAAGACAGAAUGCUAACAGUCUACUUCAGCGGGCCAAUAGCAUUGAACGAAUUGCUGGUAGUGCUGGCUAUGUUGAGCGCGUGAGUGCUGACUCAUUAAAGAGGAUCCAGGCUAAUGGUGCAGCUUCCUCGAACAACAGCUUGAAGCGAGCAGGUAUAGAAAUGUUCUUGGAUGAAAGGUCUCACACCCUGAAUGCUCAGAGAGCAGAUACUAAGAUACACUUUGGGAUCAGGCCAGAGAGGGAAAAUUUGCCAGUUCAACAAGCUGCCAAUCGAGAGAGCACUCAAGAUCAAAUGGUCAUUGGAAGCACUGCCUAUACUGCUCCCCAGCCCCUUCUACCUAUUGAAUCAACUCAACUGACCUCCCAAUUGAAUUCACUUGGCAGCUUUACGGUUACCCCUCUCUUUUCACCUGUGAGGGAACGAGGACCAAAGUUCACCGAUUCCGCUGCAGCAAGUCCGUCUAGUCCGACCAAACUAAAGCCUGUAAAGUGCCGUGGAAAACCCCCCAUGGUUCCCGGGAACCCUUUUCAGACUCCAUCGCCUCUGACACCAAUCACUAACUCCUCUGCCAUGUUCCCUGCCCCACCCCAAGCUACGCCAGACAUACCUCCCUCUAAGGUACCACCAUCUGCCCUUCUGAAAGCAGCGGCUAGAAAGAUGUCGUUUGGUCCAGAUGCCACACCAAAGAAGCGCAUUCUGCCACCUGUAGUUGAUGAAUGUUCUGAGUGUAAGGAUAAUAAAGAGAGUAUGAGAAUCUUGACUGCUCAGAGUACAGAAAUGUUCAAAGUUUUGACGACUCAGAUUAAAAUGAAGAAAACUUUCUUUGAUUUGAUUAAGAACUGUCAUUGCAAUCGCAGCAAGGAGAACGAGGAAUCUUUUCGAGGCCGUCUCAAAACAUUUUGAUACUAUUUUGCAAGGCCGGUAGCUUCACAUUGAAGUCAUCAGGUAUGUAUGUCUGUAUCAUAAUACCUAUAGAGCUAUUUUUGUGUGAUCUACACCGUUGUUUUGUGGCAUAUUUUUUCGCUGCCAUUAUUAAUUUUAUUGGCAUAACUGUCAUACAUGUUGUAAUCUACCCUUUAACUAAUUCAUCAUUCUAUCAUCGUAUGUUAAGUAUUCAUUCUCACUCAUUGUUUGAUCCUGCUUGAUUCUUGAUUUUUAAAAAAUUCAUGAAGUGAACAUCACUCUUAUGGAACAGA